AUGUAUUUAUUUAUACCGGAUAGCAAAUUGUUAUAUUUGAGUGGUUUAGAAGUUGUCAAUGAAUUAGACACUUUAAGUCGUUACGGAAGUAGUAGUAACAGUGCCGGUGGAUUUGAUCGUUCCUAUGAUACAACUGUCGGCGGGGAAGUAACACGUGCUGGUCUAAUACAAGAACGUGCAAAACUUGCAAUUAAUUAUUUAGAAUAUCAAUUUGAACAUAGAAAUUCACGUCUACGUGCACUGACAGCACGUGGUAGUUUAAUGGAGACGAUUGCAUAUCGUAAUGAAAUUAAUGGCGGCCGGACACCGGGUCAAACUAAUGAUGAUGUGAUUUUAACAUGUUGUCAACAUUUUUGUAAAGAAAGCUCGGAUCAUUUUCUUCAGUUAAGAAAUUUGUCAUCAAGUAUUGAUCACUCUGCUAUACAAGGUGAUCAAAAUAAUCAACCAAUGCGACUUAUACGUGAAGUAGUCCUGUUAACAUCUGAUCGUAAUCUACGCCUUAAAGCAUUGAAUGUGAAUAUUCCUGCACGUCCUUUAAAAACAUUUGUUAAUUGGUCAAGAUUACCUUUAAUGAAAAUUAAUUUACCACUUCAUGAAUCUGAUAUGAAUAUGAUGAAUUCAACGGAAAAAUAUAAAUUAUCAUCAUCAUCAUCUUCAUCAAUCAAUCAUUCUCAACAUCAUUCUCCUCAUUCACAACAUCAUUCAAUUAAAUCACAACCUCGUGGUCAAUGGAAACAACCAUUAAAAUAUAAUUGAAUUUUGAAAUGAAAUUAUUGAAUUUUGAACAAAUUUUUCUUUUCAAAUAUAUAUAUAUUUACAUAUGUAUUUCUAGUUUUUUUCUGUUUUCUGAACUACAUCUAUAUAUAUACAUAUUGAUAUUUAUAUUAUUCUAUUCAAUAUAUAUAUGUUUAUGUAUAUCACCUUGUUUUAUGUUUCUCCUUAAUUGUUUUUUUACUAAAUUACCAAAAUGUAUGGAUGAUUUUUGUAAAGAGAGAAAAACAAUACCAUCAAUUUGAAAAGCAUUUUUUAUUUCAUCAUCAAAAUCAUCAUCCUCCUCCUCAUCAUCUAUUCGCGUUCAUUUUGGUGUGUGAAUUUUUUCCUUAUUCAAUUCACAUAUCUAUCUAUCACCUUUUUGCAUUCAUCAAUAUUAUCGAUUUUUUUCGCACUCAUUCAUACACACAUACGGACAUACAUUUAUCUAGUUCAUUCAAUAUUCAAUAGUGUUCGACUUGAGUAGUGGUAGUGGUAGUCGAACAAACAAACUGUAAAAAUUAUCUGGUCACAUUGUUAUGGUUUUUUCUUUUUAUAGUCGUUUUUUGUUUGUUGUUUGUUUGUAUGUGUGUGUGUGGGUGUGUGUGUGUGAGGGUGAGGGAUCAUUGAAAUUAUUAUUAUUAUUGUAUAAAAGUUGGUUUAGUUUUCUUUUUUCGAAAUUAUAUUUAGUUUUCAUUUUUGUUUCCUCUCCUGUUUUGUUUUUUUUUCUUGUUCAUUAAUGACUACUACUUGUAAUACAGUGAAGUAGUGAUUUAGACAACAAUAUCAAUGUAUUCAGUAUUUAUAUAAAUAUUAUUUCUAAUAAAAGUUUGUUAAAUACUGAAUUGCACUUUUUUGUUAUGUGUGAAGUAGUAUUUGUGUGUGUCUGUUUGGUAU